AUGUCUAUCUCUCGAGCUGCUUACGUGUCUCUGAAACUUUGCCUUCUGAAUCUGGUGCACCUUUCUCACUUGUACCCUUUUUUUAGCAUACAAAACGAAAGCAUUCACGAGAAUAAUGAUACAAAACUUUCGCUGACAAUACCAUCCUAUUGUGUUUCACGCAUUAUCAUUCUUCUAAGAAACGGAAUCAAAGCAUCGCAAGGAAAAUUUGAUUCAACAUUUUCAAGAGAUCAAUCAUUCGCGGGAAAGUUUGCGUCGAAUGAUUUUUAUGUGUCACGUGAAGAAUGUG